UUUGAAUUAAAAGUAAUGUCAGUUAAAGUGUGGGAAACGAAGUAUCGAAGUCCGUCGAAUGUGUAAUAACGAUUAAUUACUUGUUUACAUCUUAUAAGAUACUCAGCGUAAGACAACUAUAAUUCUAAGGUAUUUUAAGGGUGCAAUUGACUAUGAUGCAAAAUGAAACAUUUAAACUUCCUUCCAACGUUCCAAAAGAAUAUAAGGAUGUUGUGUUUAAUACUUUGUGUAAAAUGGAAGAUCACAUAGAAGCUAGAGGUUCAAGAUAUCAAUGGAGCCUAGAUGAUUUUGAAAUUGGCGCACCUUUGGGUCGUGGUAAAUUUGGCCGGGUAUACUUGGCAAGGGAGAAAACCACACAGUAUAUGGUCGCUUUGAAAACUUUGUAUAAAGUGGAGUUAGUGAAGGGACGUGUGGAGAAGCAAGCAAUGCGUGAAAUUGAAAUUCAAACACAUUUGAAGCAUCCCCAUAUUCUUCAAAUGCUGACAUACUUCCAUGACCACAAACGUAUUUAUCUUGUAUUAGAGUUUGCAGCCGGAGGAGAAUUGUAUAAAGAAUUAAAACGUCAACCUCACGAGAGAUUCAAUGAACAUAUGUCUGCAAAAUAUACUUAUCAAGUUGCGGACGCGUUGGAAUAUUGCCAUAGCAAUAAUGUGAUUCACAGAGAUAUAAAACCAGAAAAUUUGUUGCUUACGUCUACCGGUGACAUAAAAUUAGCAGAUUUUGGCUGGUCUGUUCAUGCGCCAUCGUCCAAGAGAAAUACAUUGUGCGGAACACUGGAUUAUUUACCACCAGAAAUGGUAACAGGUCAAACCUAUGAUAUAUAUGUUGAUCAUUGGUGUUUGGGUAUUCUUUGUUACGAAUUCUUGGUUGGUUCACCGCCUUUCCUUAGCGACUCGCAACAAGAAACGUAUUUAAAAAUAAAAACUAUAAAUAUUAAAUGGCCGGAACAGAUUACACCUGGAGCAAGAGAUCUUAUAUCAAAGUUAAUUAAACGAAAAAGCUCGGAAAGAAUUUCUAUGGCUGCUGUUAAGAAACAUUAUUGGAUAAUGAAAUACAAGGAAGUACAUUGGUAGAAAAUAUUUAGUUUCAUUGGGAUAACUAUUAAUUGUAAAGUUUUUAGACGAAAAGUAUUUUAUACGUAUCAUAUUUUACACGACCAACUUUUUCUUUUCUGUAAUUGAAUUUAUUGGAAAUAAGG